ACCUGCUGUGGAUACAGGUCAGAGGUCAACCUGAAGGGAAGAACAGAGCGAAGGAACAACCUGAUGAAUCCUUUAUUAGAAGAGUAGAAGAAGAAGAGAACAAACUUUAUGUUCAUGGCUGCAGAACAGUGAGAAGCAGCUUGUGGGUGGAAGAUGUUCCUGUUUCUGUUCUGGUUUUGUCUUGAGUUCUCUGUAGAGUUCUCCAGAAAGCAGGACAGAGACAAGGGUGUGUCCAGGGUGUGUCAGGUCCCUAAUAAUACAGCUGGCUUUCUUCUGGAGUCCACCAGUGUAGAUGUCUCUGAGGGAAAUGUGGUCUCAGUCUCCACUCUGGUCCUUUCACCACCUGCUGGAGGGCUUUACUGUCCUCUGCAGCAGUAGAUCAGGAGACUCCAUGGUGGAUUUGUAAAAUUUUAUUAUCAGGUUCUGAUGGAGGUGGGUCUGAUGUAGCUUCCUGAGAAAGUUCAGCCUCUGCUGUGCUCUCCUCUCCUGAUGAGACAUGUUAAGGUGAGGUCAGCUGACAUGUGGAUGCCCAGAAAUCUAAAGCUCUCCACCUUCUUCCUCCUCUCCAUCUAUGUGGAGUGUGAUGGAGAGCUCAGUAUGUUUUAAUCUUCUGAGGUCCACUACCAUCUCAUUCAUCUCUGCUGUGUUCAGGUCCAGGUUGUUUGUGUGAGACUAUGGCCUCAGGUGCUUCAUCUGGUCCCUGUAGGCUGACUCAUCAUGUUCUUCAUCAGUCCCACUAUGGUGGUGUCAUCAGAUUUAAUGAUGGUGUUGGAGCGGUGGACCGGGGACCAGUAAGCUGUGAAACGGGAUUAGAGAAGAUGGCUGAGGACACAUCCCUGUGGUAGACCAGUCUUCAGGAUGAGAGUGGCUGAGACCAUCAGGAGGAGGUGAAGGUGACCGAGGGGGCGGAGUCUGUCAACCUGCCUUGCGUAACAACACCUGAGCUCCCCAAAGACGUUGCUGUGGAGUGGACUCGGUCUGAUCCAGAUUUUAAGAUGGUUCAUGUCCAUCCAAACACAAGCAGAUGGUCCAUGAAACAGGACAACCCUUAUUGUGGCCGUACAAAGAUGAAAGAUGACUUUCUGAGAUCUGGAGACCUUAGUCUGACCCUGAAAUACCCCACAGUCAGAGAUGAAGGAAGCUACAUCUGCACCACCUACAGAGACAAAGACAUCCUGAGACAGAAAGUAGUACUGACACACAUCACAGGAGGUUUUCCAUCCUCGGCCACAGCUGUUCUGGUUCUCCUGGCUCUGGUUCUUAUCGUCUCUGCUGGUGUUUUAUAUCAUUUUAGGUUCUAUUUCAUGUCAGUCUACCAGGUGGAGGUGGAGUCAGGGGUGGAGUCUGUCCUGCUGCCCUGCCGAACCACAGUUCACCUGCCUGGAGAUGCUAAAGUGGAGUGGAGAAAUAAUCUCAAUACGGUCCACGUGUAUCAGAACGGUUCUGACCAGCCUGAAGAACAGGACCAGUUCUACAGAACCAGGACAGAGAUGGAGAGAAACCCUCUACAAUCUAGAAACCUUAGUCUGACUCUGAAACACCCCACAGAUCGAGACAGUACCACCUACACCUGCAGCGUCUACAGCAGGGAGGGAAACAUCCUGAUGAAGAAACAAGUUCUGCUCACAGUCAGAGUUCUACAGGUGGAGGUGGAGUCAGGGGUGGAGUCUGUCCUGCUGCCCUGCAGAACCACAGUUCACCUGCAUGGAGACGUUAAAGUGGAAUGGAGGGAUAAUCUCAAUGAUACGGUCCAUGUGUAUCAGAACGAUUCAGACCAGUCUAAAGAACAGGACCAGGACUACAGAACCAGAACAGAGAUGAAGAGAAACCCUCUACAAUCUGGAGACCUCAGUCUGACUCUGAAACACCCCACAGAUGAAGACAGUAGGACGUUCACCUGCAGCGUCUACAGCAGGGAGGGAAACGUCCUGAUGAAUAAACAAGUUCAUCUCACAGUCAAAGUCUACCAGGUGGAGGUGGAGUCAGGGGUGGAGUCUGUCCUGCUGCCCUGCAGAACCACAAUUCUCCUGCCUGGAGAUGCUAAAGUGGAGUGGAGGGACAUUUACUACAGGAUGGUCCAUGUGUAUCAAAAUGGUUCAGACCAGCCUGAAGAACAGAAUCAGAACUACAAAACCAGAACAGAGAUGAAGAGAAACCCUCUACAAUCUGGAGACCUCAGUCUGACUCUGAAACACCCCACAGAUGAAGACAGUAGGGUGUUCACCUGCAGCGUCUACAGCAGGGAGGGAAACAUCCUGAUGAAGAAACAAGUUCAUCUCACAGUCAGAGUCUACCAGAAGGAGGUGGAGUCAGGGGUGGAGUCUGUCCUGCUGCCCUGCAGAACCACAAUUCUCCUGCCUGGAGAUGCUAAAGUGGAGUGGAGGGACAGUUACAGGGCAGUCCAUACGUAUCAGAAGAGUUCAGACCAAUCUGAAGAACAGGACCAGAACUACAAAACCAGAACAGAGAUGGAGCGAAACCCUCUACAAUCUGGAGACCUCAGUCUGACUCUGAAACACCCCACAGAUGAAGACAGUAGGAUGCUCACCUGCAGCGUCUACAGCAGGGAGGGAAACGUCCUGAUGAAGAAACAAGUUCAUCUCACAGUCAGAGUCUGUCAGGUGGAGGUGGAGGAGGGGGCGGAGUUUGUUCUGCUGCCCUUCAGAACUACACCUGACCUGCCUGAAGAAGCCGGAGUGGUGUGGUGGCGCGAUGAACCUAAACCAGUAAUGAAGGUCCACGUGUACAAGGACGGUUCUGAUCAGCCUGGAAACCAGAACAAGUUCUACAGAACCAGAACUAAGAUGAAUCAAGAUCCUCUGAAAACUGGAGACUUCAGUCUGACUCUGGAACACCCGAAACCUGGAGACAGUGGACGGUACAGAUGUGUCGUCUGGAAGGAAGAAAAAUUCAGGAGAGGGAAAUCAGUUCAGCUCAAAGUCAAAGGGAGAGUUCAGCUCCAGCAUCAAACAGAAGACACCAGGAACAGAAGCAGUUCCGAUGAUCCGACUCCCCUGAUGGCUCAGCCAGUUUGAUAUUUGAUUAUUGAUCCAAUCUGACUUUGGAUCAGAGAAAAUAUCAGUGAAGGAUCUGAUGGAUGAAGAGAGGACUUGUUACAGCCUGCAGUCGUAGUAUUAUUUAGUAUUAAUCAGUAUUAAUUAGUGAUGUCAGAGUGGAGUCAGUGUGAUGUCACGUGUUGAUCAGUGUGUUUUGGACUCCAGCAUCUUGUUGUUUAUUUUGGACCAUUAGGGCCUGAUCUACCAAGAUUCCUGAUAAAUAGCACAGAAUUGCCUGCACACGCAACCAACAGUUGUUUGUUUAUGAUGUGCGAGAAAUCAGGAAUGUUGGUGAAACUGAUAACAGCUGCAAACAGCAGUGUUCUAAUGAGGAUUUAGCAUCCUCUGGUUUUGAUUCAGAAUGAUCUUGGAUCGGCAGAGAAAUUUGUGUGGAAACUCGUUGCCUUAAACCACUUUAGAUUUUUUAAAUGCUGAAACUAAACAUGUCAAGUUAAAUCAACACUGGUGACCAUUAAACUUUAUUCAAACUUGUUUGUCCACUUAACGAAUUUUCUUUGCACCCCCUGGUUGUUUGAACUAACUCUCUAAGUCAUAUUUACGUUAGUUGUUUAGUUCUUUCAAAUAAAGACUAAAUCACACUGACUCCUUUUCAAGGAAAGUCAACUUAAAAAGGCUCCACUUGUUCUAAACUAAAUGUUGGGUUUUUCUCAAAGUUACUUCAAAAUUACAUUAACUUUGUCA